GCCAUGGCUACUGCUGAUGCUGCUGGAGCUGCUGCUAACUCAACUCUCUGUGAGGUCCACAACAAACCUCUGAAGUUCUUUUGCCAAAAUGAGUUGGCUUUGAUCUGCGCCCAGUGUGCCAAAAGCAAGAAGCAUCACACUCACACUAUUCUCCCCAUGGAAGAAGCAGCCCAAAAAAAGAAGGCUGAAAUCCAGAAUCACUUGAAAAAGGGAAGACACGUUGCUAGGAUGUAUGAGAACCAUGUUAAAAUGAGCACUCAGAAUCUAUGGAAAAGGCCGGGAGAAGAACGUCGCAAGUUGGUGCAUGAAUUUGAAGAGUUCCACCAGGCUGCAAAGGAUCAAAUGCAGUUCCUACUUUCCCAUCUGGAAGAACUGAAAAUCAACAUCUCAGACUACCAGAAAAAAAAUUAUGCCAGGCACACCACCAACACAAUCCAACUGAACGCCCUGAUUGGAGACCUAGAGAGGAAGUGUGAUCAGCCAGAGGCUGAAUUCUUGAAGCAAAUGACUCAGAUCAACCGUUUGGUCAGUGAUUUAGAGAAGCUGCGCAAGGUCCUUCCUGAAGAAUGCCUGAAGGAAUUUAAAAUUAUUUCAAACUGCUUGGGUGAAGAAAAGUAUGUGGAAAACAAUCUUGGUGACCUGGAACAGAGAUUGGAAAAAAUCACUGAACAAAAUAAAGUUCUGAAGGAGACACUGAAGGCAUUGAAAGUUAAGAUGCAAACCGAAUUAAUGAAAAUCAUGGACAACUGCCUGAAAUCUUAUGAGAAAGCAAAUGUGUUAUUUGACCGGGACACCCUGAAUCACAUGCUGGAUCUUUCAGGUGACCAGAUCACUGUCAAGUGGAAUGCAGAACUGAAGGAAAAAAUCCCUUACCACUGGAUGAGGUUCGAAAAAGUUUCCUGCGUGCUCGGAAGCGAAGGGUUCACUGCAGGGAGAGUCUACUGGGAGAUAAACGUGGAAGAAGGGAAGAUCUGGGCUGUGGGGGUAGCCAAAGAAUCGGUGGAAAGGAAGCACCUGGUACAUUUUGCCCCCGAAAAUGGCAUUUGGGGGUUAGGUUUAGAUGAGCAAAACAAAUACGUGGUGUAUACCAAUUCUGGAGUUGUUCCUUUGGAUCUGUCUGAGCCUCUCCAAAAGAUCCGGGUAAAUCUAGAUUACACGGCAGGGCAGGUGUCAUUUUUCAACGCUGAGACCAGCCGUUGGAUCUUUACCUUCCCUCCCGCAAACUUUUCUGGAGAAAAUAUCUACCCUUGGUUCUGGAUUAAGGGAGGACUGCUCAAGCUGCCAGCCAUAGACCUUGAAGAGCUGGCUGCUGACCUGGUGUGGGGAAGAUAUAGCGAGGUGCCUCUUUACAGAGACCCCUGGGAAUUUUUAAAUGAACCUUGGUGAAGUCCUAAGCAGAUUGGCCAUCUCCUGCCAUGCAUUCUCCUUGGUUCCUCUUAAUCAGAUGUUUUAUUCCCUUGUUAGAGGCAUGGAGGCCCAGCUUCAGUGUAGAAGCUUUAGAUUUGGAUGGCCAUGACUGAUUUCUCAGAGAGCUGACUGAACAACCAAAAUGUGAGAAUCCUUGUCUACAUUUUAGGUUACAUAACACUAGAGAUGAUAUACACUUCCCUUUUUUAGACCAAUGCACUGUAGUAUUAAUUUUCAUGGGAUGGUUCAUUCAUAUUUUCUUAUGCCUUAGGGCUAAUUUAACCAUUUUUUAAAAUGUAGAACUGCCUUGCUCAUUACUUUUUUCAGCCCAGUGGGAAGACAAAAUAGUUAUUCAGUUCUCUUCUUCUACAUUCAGUAUGUAUGACAGUGGUGAAAUCCAAAUUUUUUUACUACCGGUUCUGUGGGUGUGGCUUGGUGGGUGUGGCUUGGUGGACGUGGCAGGGGAAGGAUGCUGCAAAAUCUCCAUUCCUUCCCCACUCCAAGGGAAGGAUAUUUCAAAAUCUCCAUUCCCACCCCACUCUGGGGCCAGCCAGAGGUGGUAUUUGCUGGUUUUCCAAACUACUCAAAAUUUCCACUGCCGGUUCACCAGAACCUGUCAGAACCUGCUGGAUUUCACCCCUCUAUGUAUGAGUAUUUUAGAUGUUAGCCCUUCCCAAUUUCUCUCCAGCUGUAGAAAUUAUACUUGAAAUGUGAGAUUAUAACUUGUUCAACCCAUCACAAGGAUGUCUGCAGGGAAGGAGGUUAAAAAAUUAAAAUGGUGGCCACAAUCACCUGAGCUCCAUCCCGUUUAUGUGUUUUGCACACGUUAAAAGAGGACUUUGCUCACAUGUGUUUUUGUAGGUGAUGCAUAUAAAAAACCUGACAUCCUUGACAAUUUUUAAUUAAAAUAUUUCUUUGGACAUCUAAGAUAAGGUAUCUCUCUAGGAUUCUUCCUACUUACAUACAGUUUAUGAAAGUAAUAUUCUUAAGCUUGCUUACACCAGUUUGUUCCAUGCUCAUGAUAUUCUUUGUUCUUAAAUCUGCAUAGUACUUUUUCAUUUGUCUACUGUUUUACUGCUUCAUUGUUUGCAACUUCCUGUGUUCCUGUUCAAAUAUAUUUCAAUACUUUAAAAUUGGUUGUUAUAAUAAAAAAAAAUUUAAACCUCA